AUGUGGUCAGAGUACUCCAUAGCUGUCAGCAAGGGAAUCGAGUUUGGCUCUCUCAACUCUGGUCGACCGACUCUGUCUCCUGGGGCUUUCACCACCACCAUCGCCCCAGAAUGGAGUCCUGUCGGUCCACUGCAGCUUGGCAUCUUGGACAACCCUGAAAUCAGAGAGACAACAACACGGUUUUCUGAGCACGCGUAUUCAGGCGCGUUUAUCCUAAAUCGCGAUAUUCAACCGGGAGACUUGAUGAACAAGAUUAAUAUUCGCAACAACCUGACAACGAAAACAACUGGAAUGCGGGCUGUUCGAUCUGAAGGCUUGGAAUACGUUUUGGCAGAGACGAAUUCAUAUGCGAAGUGA